AUGACGCCGUACUCUAUUACUCUCAGCUUACUCUUCUUCUUUUUCUCAUUCACCAAAGAUGCGGUCUGCCAAACAAACCCUGCUCCCACAGUGGUUAUCCCUCAAGCCACAAUUAUUGGCACUACGACCACUCUGCCGUCGGCCACGGCCGUAGUCAACAAGUUCCUUGGUAUUCCGUUUGCCAUUUCGCCUCCGGAUCGGUUCGAGCCACCUGAACCAGUAGAAGAUUCGGAUGAUACAAUCCAUGCCACGCAGUGGCGGGACAGAUGCUUUGAAAUGACGAGUGGCUCGCCUACAGCGCCCGGCGACGAUGUGGUUUCAGCCAGCGAGGACUGCCUGUACCUGAAUGUAUAUGCGCCAGCGAAUGCUACUGACGAUGGAGAUAAAGCGGUCAUGUUUUGGAUCCCAGGAGGCGCAUUACAAUAUGGUCAUUCUGGACAGCCAAUCUAUGACGGUUCUGGAUUUGCCGCAUUCCAGGAUGUGAUUUUGGUCACCAUUAACUAUCGAACGAAUAUCUUUGGGUUUUCCAAUUCCCCCGCCAUCAACGAUGACUCGCAGAAUGUCGGAUUGUAUGACCAGCGUCUCGCCCUUGAUUGGGUACAUAACAACAUUGCUUCAUUUGGCGGAGAUCCUUCAAAAAUCACCAUUUUUGGCGAAUCCUCGGGGGCUUCUUCCGUUGACCGGCUGAUAACUUCUCCUCCGGAUCCUGUUCCCUACCGGGCGGCAAUCUUACAGUCAGGACAGGCGUCGGUGAGCGCCAUGGACAAUUCGGGUUUACCGAAAUGGAAACAGGUUGUCGGUUCUGUCGGGUGCAAUAAGACGACGAACGAGGCGGAUGAACUGAAAUGCAUGCAAAGCAUCAAUGGAUCCCUGAUCAAUCAGGUUGUCCAAAAGCUUGCUCUAUCUUUCUUGCCCGUGAAUGAUAAUAUCACUCAACGGGCAACUCCACUUGUGGAUGCCCGCAGCCAAGAGCCAUCAGCCGACGUUCCGAUCAUAAUAGGGACCAACUCCUAUGAAGGCUCUUUGUUGUCAGCGGCGUACUUUGAAUUCGCUGUACAGCCUAACGGAAGUGUAUCGUUCCCUGCCAUUAUCCAAAGUCUCACGGCAUUUUUGUCGCCUGGUCUUGUGGCUCCGAUCCAGGGGAGACUGGCUGCUGCUCUUGCACAAAGCCCCAAGGCCCUGUUCUUUUACAUAGCGGAGUACAUUACAUAUUUACUCUUUCAGUGCCCUGCGAACCUCGUCUCCCAUGCCAAUGUACAGGCUGGAAGCUCCACCUACCGAUACUAUUUCAACGCGACCUUUGCGGAUACGCAGCAGCCCUGGACGUAUCCCGAACUGAACAUCACCAACAUUGGUGCCUACCACUCGGCGGAAAUCGGAUUGGUGUUUGGGACUUAUGGCAUCUUUGGUGGAAAUGCAACCAACGACGAAAUUGCUUUGAGUAAAUUCAUACAGGGAUCGUGGGCGAAUUUCACCAAGGACCCGUUCGCUCCCGAGGCGCCCGGAUGGCCAGCCGUUAUCAACAAUGGAACUGCGGAUAUUGGCUGCCUGGGGUGUACUUCGAAUCCAACCGGCGUGAGUGUGAUAACGGAAAGUGUGGAUUCAAAUUGUUCCACCUAUUUUCCGCUGUUUGAUAAGAGCCUUCCGCCAUAUUAG